AUAAAACAAAACAAAAUAAAAAAAAUAAUAACAAAAAGUCGUUUGCUGGUCAAAAAAUAUAAAACACCCAUACACCAAAGAAACGAGGAAGUGCACCUACCAAUAGCCUUUCGUUCUCGGGCCCAUACACCAGACGCUACUUUUCGACCAACCAAAACUCGCAGUUUUAUAAUCUAAAGCCAUUAAUACAUACCUACUAAAAUUAUUCAAUCACUAUUGUAUAAUGGCUGGUCAUAUUGCAAGAUAUAUUCGUCAUGCUCCAGUAGCACAUCCUCAUGUGGAUGCCAAAAUCAAAUGGGCAUCCAAGUUCUUGGGAGCCACCAUGUGGUUUUACAUUUUUUAUAGGGUUAAAGAAGAUGGACCAGUAAUGUUUGGUCAAAAAUUACCAUUUGAACAUCAUUAAAUUUAUAUAAAAUUAAUACAUUAUUUAUUUACUUGAAGCAAA